AUGCAAUACAAUCGCGCCAUAGAAGAACAGAGGCAUAACCAUGCAAAGUUGAACGCAGAUUGUGAAGGUUCAACCCCUGAACCGAAAACCCCGUUGGGCAUGGAACGCCAAGCAGCGGCACUGUACACCAUCAACAUAUUCUACGAGUCCCAAAAAGAAAUAUGGGCCAGAAGUUUCACAUGCAAAAUCACCAACAAGACACUUGAGGACGGAAACCGGAGGUACGUUGUACACGAAACAGGUGCGAAACUGUACGUGGUAACACACCAAGAAUCUACCCACAAAACAGAAUGCAGUUGCAACAAAUUCUACAGAGUAGGAAUCUUAUGCAAGCAUGUGCUGGCAAUUUUCAAGGACGAAGGCAUCGAAGAAAUACCAGGACACUAUAUUGUUCCUCGAUGGACAAGAGACGCAUGUGCACGGCAAAUGUAUGAUAUUGUGUUGAAAGGCAGCCCUAAUACGCAAGGGGGGAACGAACUCAAAUCAGUUGCGAACCAACUCUGGAAUGAAUUCUACAACUUCUUAGGAUUGGCUAAUGGAAGUGAAAAUGAAAUGGCUCAAAUUUUGACAACAAUGCAGCAACUAAACGGGAAGUUAAAGAGUGCUAAGCAACAAGCCAACCAAAGCACCAGCCACCAAUCAGUGAUUGAAUCAAUAGUCAACUCUACUGCACCUACCGAGAUCCAAAUCAAGCCACCCAAUGUUGUCAAAAACAAGGGCAGCGGGAAACGAUUAAAGAGCAAUAAAGAGAAAGAAAUGGAAAGAACGAAGAAAAAGGUGAGGACAUGUGCUACUUGCGACCAACCGGGCCACGACAACCAGAAUUGUCCAGAAAGAAAAGACAUAUCAGAUGAGUAG